AACUCAAGCUGCCUUCCAUCCGGUGAAUGACAGAGUUGCCGCCGUUUAAUUGGCAAACAAAUACUCGCCAAUAAACAGUUAUUUAAUUAAUUUGCACUGAGCUUAAUUCCCCAAUCAAGAUGAACUUGGUGCGAAUGCAAAGCCUGCGCAAUCUGUCCCGUAUUUCCCGAAAUCUCCGUAAAGAUUUUGUCCGUUCAACCGCUGUGACUGUCAAUUUGCCGGCCGCCAUUACGGUUAGAACGCUGAAGACAUUUAGAGGCGCUUCGGAAAAUUCCAUUCUAACCAACGAGCCGCUCUCUGCAUUUACCCAAAAUCUGCGUCAGUAUUCUUGUGGGAAAGUUGGAAAAGCUAUGGAGGAACACUGUGUCGUACCCGAUGUAAUUGCCAAGGCCCCGAAGGCUACGGCAACGGUGGAAUAUCCCUGUGAUAUUGUGGUUAAGCCCGGCCAGGUUCUGACCCCCACCCAGGUCAAAGACCAGCCUACUGUCAAGUGGGAGGCGAACCCUGACAAGCUUUACACUCUGUGCAUGACCGACCCGGAUGCACCGAGCCGCAAGGAGCCCACGUUCCGCGAAUGGCACCACUGGCUGGUGGGAAACAUUCCCGGCGGCGACAUCGCCAAGGGCGAGGUGCUCUCCGCUUACGUCGGAUCUGGACCGCCGCCGGACACUGGUCUGCAUCGCUACGUGUUCCUUAUUUACGAGCAAAACUGCAAGCUGACCUUCGACGAGAAGAGGCUGCCCAACAACAGUGCCGACGGACGUGGGGGCUUCAAAAUCGCCGCCUUUGCUAAGAAGUACGAUCUGGGGGAUCCGAUUGCCGGUAAUCUCUACCAGGCGGAGUACGACGAUUAUGUGCCCAUUCUCUACAAGCAGCUGGGCGCUUAAGUCACUUGUUAGUUGACCAAUGUAUUCUCGUUAUGUAACAGCAGUUGGAAUUGGAUUCACAAAUUGCUAAAAAAUUGAAAAGCCUGAAAAUAAGACACUAUUUCCAAGAUUCUAUGUAAAAUUUUUGCUGGCAAUAAUAAAAUUGUUAAAGGCAUCGACUGCAUAAACCUAA